GGAGUCGUUUGUGGGAGUGAACACAGCCCGGGCUCGGUGUUGUUGUGCUGCGAGGCGGCGUUGGGACCGACGGGGGCGCUGCGGCUCCAGGUUUCAGAACGAGGACAUCGGAACAGCGCUGCUGUGUGUGAAAGACAGGCAGCUUUGUGCCUAAACUCAAAAACCCCACAGUCCUGGAGCUGCCCAAUGAAUUAAAACAACUUGUUUGAGAGAGGCCGGUAUAGGACCGUGUGGGACAUCAGCGCUUGGCGGCAUGGAGUUCCCUCAGCAGCAGAGACCGCCGGGGGCGGACGGCAAGAUCAUCUAUCCGCUCGGAGUUAAGGAGAUAACGGACAAAAUCAGCAACGAUGAAGUGGUUAAACGGUUAAAGUUGGUGGUGAAGACGUAUAUGGAUAUGGAUCAGGAUUCUGAGGAGGAGAAGCAGCAGUAUCUGGCUCUGGCUCUUCACUUGGCUUCAGAGUUUUUCCUGCGGAACCCAAAUAAGGACGUCCGGCUGCUUGUGGCCUGCUGCCUCGCAGACAUCUUCAGGAUCUACGCCCCUGAGGCUCCAUACACCUCACAUGAUAAACUCAAGGAAAUUUUUCUGUUCAUCACGCGCCAGCUGAAAGGGUUAGAGGACACCAAGAGCCCACAGUUUAACAGAUAUUUCUACCUGCUGGAGAAUCUGGCAUGGGUGAAGUCCUAUAAUAUAUGCUUUGAACUGGAAGACUGUAAUGAGAUCUUCAUUCAGCUCUUUAAAACACUCUUCUCUGUCAUCAAUAACAGCCAUAACCAGAAGGUGCAAAUGCACAUGUUGGAUCUGAUGAGCUCCAUUAUAAUGGAGGGGGAUGGCGUCACUCAGGAGCUGCUGGACACUAUCCUCAUCAAUCUCAUUCCUGCACACAAGAACCUGAAUAAACAGGCGUAUGACCUGGCGAAGACGUUACUUAAGAGGACUGUGCAGACCAUUGAAACCUGUAUUGCUUCAUUCUUUAAUCAGGUGCUGGUGAUGGGUAAGUCCUCUGUGAGUGAUCUAUCCGAGCACGUGUUUGACCUCAUACAGGAGCUGUUCGCCAUUGACCCACUGUUACUGGUCUCAGUCAUGCCGCAGCUGGAGUUCAAACUGAAGAGCAAUGAUGGAGAGGAGCGACUGGCUGUGGUUAAACUGUUGGCUAAACUCUUUGGUGCUAAAGACUCUGAGCUGGCCACUCAAAACCGACCCUUAUGGCAGUGCUUUCUAGGAAGGUUUAAUGAUAUCCACGUACCUGUGAGAUUGGAAUGUGUGAAGUUUGCGAGCCACUGCCUCAUGAACCACCCAGACCUGGCCAAGGACCUUACAGAGUUCUUGAAAGUGAGGUCACAUGACCCUGAAGAGGCUAUUCGACAUGAUGUCAUUGUUACCAUCAUCAAUGCUGGGAAGAAGGACCUGAACCUGGUUAAUGACCAACUGUUGGGCUUUGUCAGAGAGAGAAUGUUGGACAAAAGGUGGCGUGUCCGUAAGGAGGCGAUGAUGGGCUUGGCUCAGCUCUAUAAGAAAUACUGCCUGCACCACGAGGCCGGCAAAGAGUCGGCCCAAAAGAUCAGCUGGAUUAAAGAUAAACUGCUGCAUAUAUACUACCAGAACAGCAUUGAUGACAAGUUGUUGGUGGAGAAAAUCUUUGCACAGUUCAUGGUUCCUCACAGUUUGGAGACAGAGGAGAAGAUGAAAUGUUUGUAUUACCUUUAUGCCUGCCUGGACACCAAUGCUGUAAAAGCACUAAAUGAGAUGUGGAAGUGUCAGAACAUGCUCAGAGGGCUUGUGAGGGAACUGCUGGACCUGCACAAACAACCUACGUCUGAAGCAAACACAUCAGCCAUGUUUGGGAAGCUCAUGACCAUCGCCAAGAACCUGCCGGACCCAGGAAAAGCCCAGGACUUCAUGAAGAAGUUUAACCAGGUUCUGGGUGAAGAUGAGAAACUGCGCCUUCAGCUGGAUCAGCUGAUCAGUCCAACCUGUUCGUGCAAACAGGCAGAGCAGUGCGUGAGAGAGAUAACACGCAAGCUCACGUAUCCUAAGCAGCCCACAAAUCCCUUUCUGGAGAUGGUAAAGUUCCUGCUGGAGAGAAUUGCCCCAGUGCACAUCGACUCUGAGGCCAUCAGUGCUCUGGUGAAACUUCUAAAUAAGUCCGUUGAGGGCACUGCUGAUGAUGAUGAGGAAGGUGUGACUCCUGAUGCUGCCAUUCGUGCUGGACUGGAGCUGUUGAAGGUUCUGUCCUUCACUCAUCCCACAGCGUUCCAUUCGGCCGAGACGUACGAGUCUCUGCUGCUGUGUCUGAAAAUGGAGGACGAUAAAGUAGCAGAAGCUGCUAUUCAGAUUUUCAGAAAUACAGGCCAGAAGAUCGAGAGCGAGCUGCCACAGAUCCGAUCGACUUUAAUCCCUGUCCUUCACCAAAAGGCUAAGAGGGGUACGCCGCACCAGGCCAAGCAGGCUGUACACUGCAUCCACGCCAUCUUUCACAACAAAGAAGUACAACUGGCACAAAUAUUUGAGCCACUGUCUCGCAGUCUGAACGCGGAUGUCCCGGAGCAGCUGGUCACUCCUCUGGUAUCUCUCGGUCACAUCUCCAUGCUGGCACCUGACCAGUUCGCCUCUCCCAUGAAGUCCAUUGUGGCAAAUUUUAUAGUGAAAGACCUUCUGAUGAAUGACCGAUCUGUGGGCAGUAAGAACGGCAGGCUGUGGACAGCUGAUGACGAGGUUUCUCCUGAAGUGUUGGCAAAGGUCCAGGCCAUUAAGCUUCUGGUCCGGUGGCUGCUGGGAAUGAAGAAUAAUCAGUCCAAGUCAGCCAACUCCACUCUGCGGCUGCUCUCUGCCAUGCUGGUUAGCGAAGGAGAUCUAACAGAGCAGAAAAAGAUCUGUAAAUCGGAUAUGUCUCGGCUAAGACUGGCGGCUGGCAGUGCCAUCCUGAAACUGGCACAGGAACCUUGCUACCAUGAUAUCAUCACACCGGAGCAGUUUCAGCUGUGUGGACUCGUCAUUAAUGACGAGUGCUACCAGGUGCGUCAGAUCUUCGCUCAGAAGCUGCACGUAGCACUGGUAAAGCUGAUGCUGCCGCUCGAGUACAUGGCUGUGUUUGCUCUGUGUGCUAAAGACCCUGUUAAAGAACGACGUGCCCACGCCAGACAGUGCCUGCUCAAAAACAUCAGCGUACGCAGGGAAUACAUCAAGCAGAACCCCACAGCACACGAGAAGCUCCUGUCCCUUCUGCCAGAGUAUGUAGUACCAUACAUGAUCCACCUGUUGGCACAUGACCCAGACUUCACCAAGCCACAGGACUUUGAACAGCUCAGAGACAUCAAAGAAUGUUUGUGGUUCAUGUUGGAAGUGCUGAUGACGAAGAACGAGAAUAACAGUCAUUCGUUUUUGAGGAAAAUGGUGGAGAACAUCAAACAGACAAAAGAUGCUCAAGCACCUGAUGAUCCCAAGGCCAAUGAGAAGCUGUACGUGGUUUGUGACGUGGCACUUUUCGUCAUCACAAAUAAAAGUACCUCCUGUCAUCUGGACUCGCCCAAAGACCCAGUGCUACCUACCAAGUUUUUCAGUCUACCUGAUAAGGAGUCCUGUAAUGAUAAGGAUUAUCUCUCUGCAGAGGCCAGAAAUGUUCUGCUCACUGGAAAAAUACAGCAACUGCCAAAGCAGACUGGAGUGCUGGGAGCAGUGAACAAGCCUUUAACCGUCACAACCGUUCGCAGACCGUACACAAAAACAACAGUCUCUGAAACAGGAAGCAACAUCAGCACCAACUCCCAGCCCAUCUCUCCUGCCACCACAAAAAACAGGGAAGUAUGUUCUGAAACGCCAGAAACGGGGGCAAGGGAGAACGAAGAGAAUCCACCGAUUGUCAAAGUAGAUGGAGGAAAGAAGGAGGAAGUGCCAGCGCCAGCUCAGGGCAGCGGGAGAAAGCGGAGUGUGCCUGUGAGCGACGGAACAGAAAACACUGUGGCCUCCAACCCUUCAGCAGGAUCUCAGCCUCCACCCAACAAACCCCGAAGAGGAAGACCCCCAAAAAACCCUGCAGCUGUGACCAACACGGAGAAAGAGGGCACAACUACAACGGGGGGAGGAGCCGGACGUGGUAGAAAGAGGGCGGUGCCCUCCCAGGACCCCACCUCCACAGCUUCGGCUGAACCAAUCAGUGGCAAGAUACCAAAACAAAAAGACGUAGAUUCCAAGAGAGCAGGGCAACAGAGGGUGGACUUACAGAGAGCCUUUCUUCAGAAAGCAGGGAGGUUAGGAAAAGCAGAUAGCAUGGAUGCAUGGCGUUGGAGUUUGAAUGGCAGUCAGGGAGAGACGGAGAGAGAGCUGGAGUCGAGCCCAGAGGGAUUUUUCUCCCUCACCCAGUUAGCCAAGGAUCAGGGGAAAAGCGCCAGCCAUUGGCAAGGGAUCAUCCCAUCCCAUCGCAGGAGGAGCAAUCCCAGCUCUAGCACAGAGCAGGGUGGACUGGCAGUAAAACGACGGCCUGCAAAAACGAGGCAGUAGACUCUCUUACUGCCAGGCAGACGACCCACCCCAUCCUACACUCAGCUCUUUUCCUCCUCCUCAUGCAGACCACAUACACAGACACAUACAGACACACACACACAGUUGUGCGUUUGCACAUGUUGACACGCCUGAACUUUUUUUUCGUAACUCUGACUUCAGACGAAUGAGGAUUAAUGUUAGAUUCGGUUGAGUCGAUGUUAUCAGUAUGUAGACUGAAAACCUGUUUCUUGUUUUGUAAUUUCUGUUCUUUGCCGAUGUUCGGAGCCACUUUUAAAAUGAUAUUUGGAAAAAAAAAAAACUUUAAUCUACUCUACGGUUGCUUAUUAAACGCCUGGAAAGAU